AACAUCUCUUGAUGUACUAUCUUUUCUAAUUGCCGGUGGUUUGUGAGGGCCCGGGAGACUUAUGUGCAUUGAUCUGUUGCAGUUUUGCUAAUGCUACCUGGCUUAUGAGAUAGAUAAUUGAUACAUUGCAGUUUCUUGAGUUUAUACUUUACAGCUCUUUUUCCUGGUUUUGAUGCUUCUGUGGAUUGUUAUUGCGAUUUUUCUCGAUGGUUUUAGUUUUAUGGUAAAAACCGGAUUUCGAGGUUGGUUUCAAGCUUGUAUAUAUGCCCAAAUGGGUGUUUUUCUUCUUCUUCUUCAAGAUUUGUUUGCAUGUCUGCUGUUGCUUCUUAAUACAUUUUUCUCUGUUCUGAAAUGGUUCUUUUCUAGUCUGUUCUGUAUCAUAAGGUUCAUGUUAAUUGGUGUUGGGUUUUUAUAUGAAACCUCUGGUGGCUGGUAGCUUGGCAUGACUGGGAACAACUUAUGAAAAAUGGAAAGGUAUAAGCUCUCUUAUUCAGGGGGUUAUAAGAAUGAGAGUGUGUUAAUUCAUUUCAUAAGCGUGCAUCUGCAUAGCUGCCACCAAAACUGUCACCUCCUCAUUGCUGUUUAUUUGAUCUGAUAUUAGUUUAAGAUGUGCCUGAUUAUGCUAUAGUUUGAUUCCUCCAUCUUCCUGUUUUUGCAGCUGCUAAAUCCUAUCCAUCUUUCUUAAUAACAUAUUUUCUACUUCUAACAUCACUACACUGCUUUCAUCAUCAUUGGCUGUGGUGCCACCACUCAGCUGCUGAUCCAGUACUUUUCUUAAUAUACUACCACACUAAAAUUCAUGCCUCUGCAAAUUGUGAGGCGUGCAUAUGUUUUCUGUGCUGUUAUGCCAGAACAAUAUUUCUUUUGUGUUUUUUGAGAUCUAUAAAUAGAUCUUUCUUUCUGAAACACUGUUGUACUAUUUUUGUGCUUUGUCCCGUGGUUCCUUGCAAACUUUUCUGAACUGAGGUUUUGUCCAUCUUCAUAGCUUGUUGCUGCCAUGGUUUAAUUUUAGGGAAGACAGCUCUAGUUUUUUUGCCCAUUUUGAUUGGUCUUUUCUUUACAGUUAGUGUGUGUUUUGAAAAGACAAGAUUGAGUUCUGUGUUUUCAGGUUGGAGCAAGUUUUGUAUCCAAAAAGUAGGGACAUAUCCCCCCCAUUCUAAACCAUACAGAAAUUGCCUGUAGCAUAAAAGCAUGGAAACAUUAUGUGUUGAGUUCAUCCAAAUUCUCUAUUGGAAACAAAAUGUUUUCAACCUUACAUGCAUGUGGUGCAUUCUAAUAAACAAAAAAUUUGCUAGUUAAUGACUCCAUUUCCAGGAACAAGAAGUAUUAGAAGAAAUUUAAGUGAAAAAGAUCUCUUGUGCCUUUUUAUUAUCUAACUUCCCUGUCUUUUCCUUUGUUAGAUUUGAUAUUCUAUAGAGUCUGCAUUGUCAAAAUCUUUUCUUAUCAGUUCAUCCAAGUACUGCGUGUUUGUCACUCAAUUAUUUUUUUUCUCGGUCACUUUUUAGCUUAAUAGAUUUAUGGUUUCUAUUGUUUCUUGUGAUAAUAUCUAGUGAAGCAGGAGAGCCUUAGGUUUGAUAAGAAAGAGUGUUAUAUGAUAUCGUUAUCAGAGGCACAUAUAUGUUGGGAUUCGAACUCCACGUGUUUCUUAGGUGGAAGACAGGCAUCUUUUACUUAUUAUUGUACCUUCUUAUUGUUUUUUGUGGCAUUUGUGUGGGAGUUAGGUAUCAUUAGAUGGAUCACCACUUCAGAAAAUAAUAUCUGUCAAUUCUAGUCAAAGUAAAGAGUUAGUAGUGCUGGCUGGAUGAUCAUGCAGGAGGACAUUCUGAGGAUUGAUCUGUAAUACCUAACUGCACUAUUUUAGUUGUUUAUGAUGUGGAUUGCUGAAGCCUGAGGCUGAUGAGAUUUCUGCUCCUAUGCAAGUAAAAAUGUUGGCUCAAAAGUUUUAUUGCUCUCUUGCAUCUGGAUACCUGUUAUAUGAGGGAUUGGUAUAAUCUUGAAAAGUCGAAGAGGGUGAAGGCAUUUCGAUGUGGGGAAUAUGAUGAAUGCAUUGAAAAGGCAAAGACUUCCGCUGCUAAUGGUAAUAAGAGAGCUGUGAAAUAUGCUCGGAGAGAAGAUGCCAUUCUCCACGCCUUAGAGAUUGAGAAUGCUCGCCUAGGCAGGGAUCAACUGGACUUCUUCUCUAGAAGUGAUAAUUUGGGUGAAGAGCAUGGUAGUUCAGCCAAAGAAUCAAGCAUGUCUUUUUCUGGAAAAGAAGAUGGUGAUAUGACUGAUGGGGAUAGUUAUUCUGAAGACAAUUCAGACAUGGAUGCAGAUUCAGAUUCUGGUUUGGAUGCUGAUUCAGGCUUGGGUUCAGAUUUAGCACCAGAAUUAUCAGAGUCUGGUACAUCCUCUGAGGAGCCAAAUUAUAAUGGUGCUUGUAAGAUGCAGUCUUUGCCAGGAAAGAGGAGAAGAACCCCAAAUGAUUCUGAGGAUGAUGGAACAGAAGGAAUUAAGCGAAUGAGAGGACUUGAGGAUCUUGGAAUUGGUGUAGGAGAUUCAAACACCGGGAAUUGUAUGCAUAAUAUCUGUCCUGUAAAUGGUAGCAAAGGUUAUAACUUGUUACUGAAAAGAAAAAGGUCUCAAGUAGCAAAUGUUAAUGAGCUCUUGAAAAGAAAAAAUCGUCACCGGCCAUUGACAAAAGUUUUAGAGAGUACGGCCAUGGUGUGUGUUCCAGUUAUUUGUGACCAUCUUUCCAGUCCAAGUAGCUUGCCUCUUCCGGGAUUAUCUGACAGUAAGAUUUCUGGAAUAGAAUCAAAUGGGUCUAGAAAAGACUGUUCCGUUGCAACCAAUAAUAACUCAGACAGUUAUGGAGUUUCUUGUGAGAAUGGUAGCUCAUCAAAGUCUUCUGAUCAUGCUUAUGAUGCUGCUCUCAUUAAUUACAAGUUGAAGAAGGAAAAAGAUAUUUCCAGCAUAUCCAGGCCAGCUGAGAACAUUUCUGUGGACAGGUUAUUUGAUGUGCCAUUUGUUGGGGAGGAAAAACACUCUACAGGUUUUUCUCCAAUACUUGUGUCCUGUUCACCUGGAAAGCAUCAAAUUGGUGGAUUGGGGAAGCAAUUUAGUCAAAGCAGUCAAGCAGAAGCUGUAUUGUUGAAAAAUGAAGCAUGCAACGAAUCUGGUUCUACUAGUCUGGCAGCUGCCUGUGUUUAUAAUAAUUUCAGCCAGAGGAUAGAGAAAGGUGCUUCAAAGUGGCAGUUAAAAGGAAAGAGGAAUUCAAGACACACAAGUAAAAAUAGAAAGCAAGACUCAAGAAAAGAUGACAUGGAUGAUGAACCCAAUGCUUACUUGGCAGGUAUGGAGCACUUGGAUGGAUUCCGUCAGGGUCCUGAUCAGAAAGUUGAUUGUGGUGGAGGUAAAUCCGAACCGUUUUCUGAAUACCAUGUGGAUGCUGUUCAGGACCAGAGCAAGUCUUCUUCUCAUGGGGAAGGUAUGAGGGCGGCAACGGUGGAGUUGUCUGUGCCUCAAAGGUCACUUCCAUACCGUCAAUCACGCUUCAUGGUUAAUUCCAGAUAUCAGACAUCAGAUUUUCCUGGAAGAAACUUCUCCUCGUGUUCAAAACUAUUUAAUGUUGAGAUCAAGGUUCAACGCAACUACCGGCAGCAGCAUGUUCCGUUGGUUUCUCUAAUGAGUAAAUUGAAUGGUAAAGCCAUUGUCGGUCACCCUUUAACAAUUGAGAAUCUAGAUGAUGGCUAUUCUGAUCUGAUGCUUGGUAGUAAUGAAAGGGAUACAACUCAUGUUAAGGAAGGGGAAACUCCCAAACUGGGUUAUGCGGCUAUGCGAAAUAUAGAGGCUGGUAGGACACCUGCCAGGCGUAUGACAAUGAAACCAAGAUCUUCACCAAGAAAAUCACACAAAUUAAGGAAAUGUGGGUUGCUUUCUAAAAAGAUUCGGAAACUGUCUUCUUUGACAGGGAAAAGAGUAGAAGAUAGAAAACUGGUGGUGGAGAAGCCCGAGGGUCCUGUUAUAGCUUGUAUCCCCCUCAAACUAGUGUUCAGUAGGAUAAAUGAGGCAGUGAAUGGUUCAGCAAGGCAAACACACCGUGCCUUACCAUCAAGAAACUCGUGAAUCGUGUUCUCUGGAAAGGUUGGAGAAUUUUGGAUUAAAAUGAUAAAUUUGUUUAGUUUUGGGGCGCGCGUCGUCACGGGAGCCUGUUUUAGUUGGGGCACCUAGUUUUCUGCAUAUCCAAAUGAUGUCUGAUCUGUGGCAUGUUUGCUUCACCCUGAAGGUGGAAACUCCCGGUUACAAUUCCAUGAGCUUUCUCACCGUUGUAGAGAUGGACAGAUAGGAUUAAGAACAAUGGAGGCUGUCUAGCUGUGUACAUAUGUAACGGUAGUUGAAGUGUAAAUUAAAGAUGGCGACCUUGGUUGGUAUAAGGUACUUGUGGCCUGAUGCUAGGUUUUAAAUUUAUGAAUUGAGGUUGGUUUAGAGGGCAAAUAACUUGAGUUUUUUCAGCAACUGGUCUGUGACAUGAUAACAAUUUUGAGGGUAAAUUAUACUCCUCUACAUGUACGCCUUGUGUUGUACUUUUGGCAUGAUGUUAGGUUAAAUUUAUGAAUUGAGAUUGGUUUAGAGGGCUAAGAA